UUGCAAAGUUUUUACUCUUUUGCUCAGCACACCUUAAAACGCAAUCGAAGUUCAGAUCUACGGCGAAUUUAUGUUAUCCACCUUUCCGGUAGCGCCACCGCCUAGCCAGGCAGUUAUUUGAUGUUUUGAUUUCUGCAGAUCAAUGAUCUCCGGGACAAUAUGAACGGAUGCAAUCUUGCCUGUGUUUCUCGAGACUGGGCAAGCCCUUGUUACGCAACUCUCGUCGCCCGUGCGGUUUUCGUUUUGGAGGAGCUUGUUCCCUCCCAGGCGUCUGGCCCAACAAUGGCAGGUUCUCACACAUCGGCCAGCCGAAAUUACCAGAUUAUUUACAGGAGGAGAAGGUUGAGGGUGCAGACCCGCAGAUAUCUCGAUCAACUCACAAGUUUCAACCAUUUAUAGCUGUUCCGUCCCAGACUGCAUCCAAAACUCGAAAACGCCUUCGAAUACGGAGGGUAAUCGUAUCUUCUAAGUUAGAGGGGGAUCAACUUCGAGAACUACAACAAUCUCAAGUAGUCGACCACCCAAAGCCCGCCUCGAAGACCAUUCCACCGCUGGGCACAGCUUCUCAUGAAGACGAUGCAGUUCCACCGAGCCCCUCUCAAAUUCUUGAACGUGUUGAAGACAUCAGUCAGACUACCGCUCCACUUAUGUUGGCAGCCAAACAGGAGGGCGAUGGUCUUCCGCAAUGGUCACUUCCAUCUCUCGAAAGAGAGAAAGAGAUUUUUGAAACCGUUGAACAUUGUGAAAGGAGCCCUGGCGUUAUAUUGGCCAAGAUUUUGGACAUGAAAGAUCAGUCGGAGAGGGAAAGAUUCUGGCUUUAUAUAAGAACCAGAAUUUCUCACCGCUCUCUUCCUAUAAUAACUAUACAUUAUCUCCUUAGAGCGUCCAUUCCGAAGACUGAAUGGAAAGGUUUCGAUCGAAGUUUCCACGAGAAAGCCCAGGCUCUCCUGGAUUCACGAGGUAUGAGUUGGCGUGACGUUUCCAAGUGGGUUUGGAUCCUGUCGACGCCCUCACCCGGUGGGAUGGUCGGUCGUCUUGUAGCUGACCCGCUAAAUCAGCCUGUUUUCGUUUUGCUCGAGAUACUUCGACGAGACAUUUCUAAGGUCAAGUUUUUAAGGAGUUUGCUGGACUAUUCCAGAGACCACAUCUUAAAACGUAUUGUGCCAACUCGGUCACCCAUACCAGAAAAUCGGCCUGGUACGGCGGAGGAUAUCGAAGAGAUCACAAAACCGGAUAUUUCAACUUCUUCGGAGGGGAACCGCCACCAGAGUGUUGCAAAGCCACAAAGGUUUAAGUUAGAGGAGACUUCGUUCACUGUAUUGAUCAGCCGUCUCCUAUACCAAACCCGACGCAUCUGGCCUUCGGCGAUGGUUGAUGUAGCGCACAUAGCCGCCCAUUUCCUGCGCUCAGUUUCAGGCAGCAAUGUUGGUAGCCCAGGAUCCUUAGAUUCCCGCACUUUCGUUCGCUUCUGCGAGAUGAACAACUAUUUUCUGCGGUUGUUGGCCUUGCCAAGUUCUUUAGAGCCAUUACAAUCGAUGACUUACAACUGGUCGGCACAGAAAGUUCUCCUAACGCUAGCUGGGCAAUUUGAGCCUCCCUUAAGGCUAAACCAUGCCAGCUACAGAGCUGUCAUCCAAGUCCUCACCGCUUCCAAGAAGUCAGCAAGAGAAGCCAAGUCCGCUACUUUUCGAAAUAGGAGUUGGCCUCCGUGGAGAGUAGAACAAGAUGGCAUGGAUGCUCAGCGCUCGCAGGAGGAAGACUUCAGUAGAGUAAUAUCAGCCGUCAUGCGGUCGAAGGAAUCGGGUUAUACGCAGGAUUCCCAGCUGUCAAUUUUCGGAGGGCUUGACACUGACGGAACGCCUACCAUACACACUCGGAAACUGCUCAAGUGGAGAACCCUUGGCUCCUUCACACAGGCAGGAGAGAGCCGCGACGAUGAGGCAGGACUUUGGGCUGCCAGAAUAGAAACUACUCGUGACGUGCAUGAAGCAUGGGGUGCUUUUACGGAAUUCCACCGAAAGGGUGGGCAAGCAAACCUGUCAAUGUAUUUCGCUAUGCUCAAAAAGCUCAACUACGAAAGUCGAAGAUCAGGGCAAGAAUCAAACAUGCACGGCACGCCAGGUGAUGGGCGAGAGGUUUUCCCCGUACCCGACGACAAUUUCACCAUUUUUUAUAGGUUGCGGCUUCAACCCCCAACCCUUCAAAAUUUGUACCAGGAGAUGAGAGCCGCUGGGAUUCGCCCUUCUGGAAGAUGCUUGAGUUUCCUCCUUCGACAUGCCAGGACCACCGAUGAAGGCUUGCAAUAUCUCCUUGACAGUGGAUUAGAUGUUCAAGUAGUAGCAUAUCUUGCAAACGGUGGUGAACGCCAAGUUCCAGCCAAUGCAGUUGCACAGGUGUCUAAUCAGAUGCUGACAGAUUUCAUAUCUCUUGUGUGUCGGUUCGCUCCACGAGUGGUCAAGACUUGUUCCGAUUCUGAAUUGGAGAUUGUUGAGCAUGUGAGGGAGAAAGGUUUUUCUCUAGCACAUUCUCACGUCAGGACAGUACGCGAGGCUGGUGCUCAAAGAUUACAUCACUCUCGCCUUAGAAAUCCCCUCCAACAUGCGGCAUUCCUGUUAAAGUCAUGGCUGCCGAAAUUCCGCCCAGCAUGGUAUGCGCUCUUCAAGGGUCUUGCGCGCAGGAAUCUUGUCAUGAUCAGACGUUUCGCUCUUGAUCCUGAAAGAAUGUGUGAGAAUCACGAGCAAGCAUGGCGAGUUACCAUAGCAGCGCUUAAAGAUUUCCAAGAUUGUGACCUCGAGCUCGACCCUGAGGGGUUCCACCUUAUUUGCCAAACUUUCGCCAAAUACGCCGAAGCAGCCUUCCAUAAAUCCGAGGAGCAUCAGCUGCUCCUGAUCAAAACAUCUCACAUUAUUAGAGCAGAAUAUGCAAAAUUGAUUGAUGGAAGUGAGGAGCUUUCCUAUGGGAUCUCUAGGCUCUGGCACACCCUGGAAGGUCCCCAUUUGCAUGCAUAUGUGCGUGCAAUGGGUUUAAUCGGGGAUCAUGCUGCAAUAAUUUCACUUCUUGAAUGGAUGGUCAAAAAUCACGAGGAAUUGGAGGCUAUAGCCUUGCAAACCACAAACGGACAUCGGAUGUUACGGCAAACUGUGGUUGCAAUCAAAGCCUUCUGCAACGGCACAGACCACGCAGUCGCAACUGCUCAAACCUUAGUAGAGCAGGUCGAGAGCUGGGGUGGAUGGCCAGGAGAGGAAGAGGUGAGGAAUUAUCUUGAUCGGGGGAAUACUCGGAUCCGAGACACAGGCACUAGUGAAGAUGGAGAUGAAGAUGAAGAUGAAGAUGAAGAUGAAGAUGAAGAGGAUGACUGGGGAGAAGAAGACGUCGAGGGACAAAUGGCUGGAGGAAGUGGCAAUUGAUUAUGCCCUCACUAGCGUCGGUUGUGUGUAUAAGUGUACAACUGUAUUGUAUUAUAUUGUAUUGAAUAUGUAAAUGAAUAUGAAAUGAAACCCACUUUCGUCU